AUGGCCCAAAUGUUUCCAGAACGAAAAACUAAAUCCUUUAAUACUCGAAAGGCACCACCAACAGCUUCAAACGAAUACCAUAAAUUAUUUCGAUUUACGGAUGAUGACGUUACGUGGAUGGCAAAACACUUUUUGGAUGCAACUGUAAAUGAAAAAGCUAUAUUCACCAGUGUUGAUGUUAGUUGGCCCAGAUCUGUUCAUGGCUCAAGAAUAUUUAAAAACUCUAAUAUAUAUCCACUAUUAAUAGGUUUGGAAAAUAGAGGAUAUCUUCUAGGAGAUGCAGGGUAUGGUAUAACCCCAUUUUUGAUGACUCUAUUUGAAAAUGCUCAAACAGAAAUUGAAAAGAAUUUUAACAAAAAACAUGCUAAAAACAGAGUAAUUAUAGAACAUGCAUUUGGUCAAUUAAAAAGACGCUUUCCAAUUCUCAGAUACGGCGUAAGAAUUAAGCCAGAGAUGAUAGCUACACGUAUCACUGCAUGCUUUAUACUGCACAAUAUUGCGAAAACUUUAAACGAUCCAGAUUUUGAGGAUGAAGAUGUCGAAGAAGAUAACGAAGAAAUUGUUCCUGUAAUUGAAGAAGGAAACGAACAGCAACUUCGUUUACUUGGUCAGCAGCGUAGAAAUGAAAUUGCUUUGGCAAUAAUAAAUUAAGAGACUUAUGUAGAGAGAAUUAAGUAAUUAACAUCUUUUUUGUUAUCAACUUUGU